AUGCUGGGACCAUUCAGUAGCGCAACAGCUUUCAUUCACAAAUUAUCGUCUAACGUUGCCGGCAUAAUUUGAAAACAUAUCUUCAUCGUCGCCAUAUACCAAAAAAAAAACAUGGCAAAAGUGUUUUUCGGUAAAAUCGUGCAUUCCAAAUCAUUCCAAGAACUUGAGCUGAUACCCGAUGCAUACCUAGCCGUGAAAGAUGGGAAAAUUGUCUCUGUGGGGCGGAAAGUGGAUUUUGAAUCGCUUGCCGAAAAGGAUUCCUACGAGCAAACAACUCUAGGCGAGUCGCAAUUUCUACUUCCGGGUUUCAUCGAUUGCCAUAUCCACGCGCCGCAGGCCCCCAACAUUGGCCUCGGGUUGGACAAAGAUCUUCUGGGGUGGCUCAAGUCGUACACGUUCCCGCUGGAGGCGCAGUACAAAGAUGUGGACUUUGCUAAACAGGUUUACAGCGCUGUGGUACGCGAUACGCUUGCCAGUGGUACCACUUGUGCGUGCUACUUUGCUACGAUAUACAAUGAUAGCAAUAAGGUGUUGACGGACGAAAUCGUUCGUCAAGGACAGCGUGCGUUUGUGGGCAAAGUAUCGUCUAAUAGGCUGUGUCCGGAUGAUUACAUUGAAUGCGGAACGAAGGAAUCCGUUCGGGACAACGUCGAAUUCAUCGAGUAUGUCCUGAAGAAGAAUCUGGAUCGGGUAAAACCGAUCAUUACGCCGCGCUUUGCCAUCACCUGCGACAUGGAUUUGCUGAAGAAACUGGGAGAACUGGCCGAACGGUACAACUUGAACAUUCAGUCACACAUUUCCGAGAACCUGGGCGAAGUGAUUACCGUCAAAGAGUUUUAUCCGGAAAACAAGAACUAUUCAGACGUCUACGACGAGGCUAAACUUCUGACCCAGCGGUGCGUAAUGGCCCACGGUGUGCACCUGGAAGACGAGGAACUAGAGGUCCUCAGCAAGAGGGGUACCUCGAUUGCGCAUUGUCCUUGUUCGAAUACGAACCUGGGUUCCGGGCUGUGCGACGUCAAGCGGCUUCUGGCUGCCAAUGUGAAAGUUGGACUGGGUACGGACGUUUCCGGUGGAAACCGGAUUGCGAUCUACGACGUCAUGCGGGCGGCUCUGGAUGUGUCGCACCAUCUGAACAUGAUGAAGAAACAGGACGUGAAGGGAACCGGAAGGAUGCCCGGCGAUUCGAAAGCUAACGUGGAGUAUGUGCCAUUGGAUUACAAGCAGGUUAUCUAUCUGGCCACGCUGGGAGGAGCGGAAGCCAUGGCCAUCGGCGACAAGGUCGGAAACUUCACUCCCGGCAAGGACUUUGACGCCCUGCUCAUCGAUGUGUCUGUCUACCCCACCAACCGGUACCAACUGCCAGCCGUCCUGACGCAGGACAAAACACCCGAAGAACUGCUGCUAGAACUGGUCCAGAAGUUUGUCUACGUCGGCGAUGAUCGAAACAUUCUGAAAGUGUUCGUCGCCGGUCAACAGGUCAAGUAGCAUUUGCGAUAGUAACAUCAUCUGAGAGCACCCGCGUAAUAAAAUUCCAUCACGAUGAUCAAAUCAACGGAGAGGAGAGGAAUAAAAAAUAUGUUUGAUAUCAAAAUGCGGGUUUGCGCCGUUUGCUUAACCUUGUUAUGAUCCAGCCGAUUUAAAAUGCGAAAAUAUACGAACGCGAAUGCGAGGUUCAAAACAGAAA